AGCGAGUAAUUGGUAGUGUAUGAGUGAAAGUGAAGAAGAGUGAUGGUAGUUGAUACUGUACUGAUUAUGGCAAUGAGUAAUGCAAACAGGGGAAUACGUAAUUACUGGGGGGUUCUGGUUGUAUGCCUGGUGUUGCUUCCAGUAUAUGUAGUUGGAUUUCAGGAUACUGCGGAUACCUAUCCGCUGGAUGACCGGGGCGGACUCGGCAGGGAAUUUGAUGGAAUUGGAGGCUUGAGUGGAGGAGGGGCAACAUCCCGGCUACUUGUAAACUAUCCUCAAGUGUACCAGAGUCAGAUUUUAGACUACUUAUUUAAGCCCAACUUUGGUGCCUCACUGCAUAUCUUAAAGGUGGAGAUUGGAGGGGAUGCUCAGACUACAGAUGGUACAGAGCCAUCUCACAUGAGGUGUGAGGGUGAUGAAAACUACUUUCGGGGCUAUGAAUGGUGGCUGAUGAAAGAAGCUAAAGCAAGGAAUCCUGACAUCACUUUAAUAGGUUUGCCAUGGGCAUUUCCUGGAUGGAUUGGAAAAGGUGAAAACUGGCCUUACCAUUAUCCUGAUGUCACUGCAAGUUAUAUUGUUUCCUGGAUCGUCGGUGCAAAGCAAUAUCACAGUUUGGACAUUGAUUACGUGGGGAUUUGGAAUGAGAGACCUUUUAACAGUACAUAUAUCAAGGUACUUCGACAAACUCUGGACAAAGUGGGGUUAACGAAAGUGGGCAUCAUAGCAGCAGAUGGAAAAUGGGAAAUCGCCAGCAAAAUGGUAGUGGACCCCUACCUUAACGACGCUGUUCAGAUUAUAGGGGCACAUUACCCUGGAACUUAUACUGUGGAUGAUGCUUUGAAAACUGGGAAGAAGUUGUGGUCAUCUGAGGAUUACAGUACCUUCAAUGAUGCAGUAGGUGGAGGAUGCUGGGCUCGAAUCUUGAACCAGAACUAUGUCAAUGGCAACAUGACCUCUACUAUCUCCUGGAACUUGGUUGCUAGUUAUUAUGAUGCUUUGCCAUUCGCACGAGAUGGAUUAAUGACAGCAGAAGAACCGUGGAGUGGCCAUUAUGAAGUACAGUCUCCAAUAUGGAUUACAGCUCAUACUACGCAAUUCACCAAGCCUGGGUGGCACUACUUGAGGACAGUUGGACACUUGAAUAAUGGAGGCAGUUAUGUGGCAUUGACAGAUGGCCAGGGAAACCUCACCAUCGUUAUUGAAACCAUGACUCAUAACCACUCCAUCUGCAUCCGACCUUCACUACCUCCUUUCAGUGUUUCUCCACAGAAUGUGACUUUCAAACUUCAAGGAUCAUUUCAAAAACUGACUGCAUUGCAGGUCUGGUAUUCCAAAAUGAACUUCAAAACACACGAUUCCAAAUUAUUUAAGCAACUGAAACCAGUUCAGCUGCUUAAUGCAUCCUUCACACUGGAGCUUUAUGUCGAUGAAGUUUACACUUUGACUACAAUCACUACGGGACACAAAGGUGGCUUUCCAAACCCACCACCUGAGUCGCAGCCCUUCCCCAAGAAGUACAAGGAUGAUUUUACUGUCCUUAUCCCACCGUUCAGUGAAGCACCCAAUUUUGCUGACCAGUCAGGAGUCUUUGAGUACUACAGAAAUGCAUCUGAUCCGGGUGACCAUGUCUUCACUCUGCGUCAGGUGAUUACCCAGCGUCCCAUUACCUGGGCUUCAGACCCUCCCCAGACCAUCAGUGUUAUUGGAGACUUUCAGUGGAAAGAUGUGAACAUAACCUGCGAUGUCUACAUGGAAACCUCUGUUACAGGUGGUGUGUUUGUUGCUGGUCGAGUAGAUAGAGGGGGUGGAUAUGCCCAAAAAGCUAAAGGAAUUUUCUUCUGGAUUUUUGCUAAUGGUACCUUCAGAGUUACUAAUGACCUAGCUGGAAAAGAAGUGCUGGCACAAGGUAAAUCUGGUACAGGUGCAAGAACAUGGCACACCUUGACUCUGAAUGUUAAGGGUAAAUCUGCAUCAGGACUGCUGAAUGGUGAUCUUCUUUGGAAAUAUAUUACUGUAACUGGACCAAGCAAUGGCUGGGCAGCGAUUGGAACACUUUCAUAUGAACUGGCUCAGUUUGAUAACUUCUUUGUUUCUGCAGAGUAACUUAUCCACAUUAAGGUCACAGAAUGCUAAAGAAGAAGGUGUUGAUAAAUAUCUAUAAAUCUUGACAAAAUUGUCUUAAAAGUAAACUUCUAAAGCAAAUGUCUUAAGUCACCCUGAGUACUGAAAAUAUGACAGCAAAUGAGUGUUAAGCUGACACUUAUGAACCUCUCUCCACUGUUUACUGUCUUCAUCAGAGUGACUCCUUUUAUGAGUGUGUGUCUUGAACAAAAAAAAAUGUCUUCCUUUUAUCCUGAAACAUGCACAUCUCUGGACUCGCUAUCAACAAGCAAAGUGACUGGUCAUUCACCAAACGCAGUUGUUGUCAAUAAUGUUCAGAAGUUUUACUGUGUAAAUGCCAUUAUAGCUUAUGGCACAUUUGCAUCAUACUGCAAAACUGUAUGCACUGUCUUCUUAAGAAGGAUUACUAUUCUCUUUUGCAGUAGCAUUUUGAGGUACUGAAACAACAUCAGGCAAGUUGUAGACAGGAAAAGCUCCUUGGAGACUCACAGCACAACACCCAUACUUUAUUGCAAAAAGGAUGUUAACCACUUUCAUCCUUAAGUACAUGGAACUUUGUCAGAAUAUGUUUAUUAAAAGAUGGGAGGCAAUUUAAAAACCUCCCAGUUAGGUCAUAUGAUCCAUUAUAACCAAUAAAAUUACUCCACAAACAAUGCUUACCCCCUCAUGUUAAAUAAAUAACCAUGAUGAAAAUAAUGUUGAGAGCGAACCAUGAAAGCCAAGUACAUUAAACAUUGGUAUUUGCUGGGAAAUAUAAGAAGUAAAUAUUAAGACCUUAUGACUAAAAAAAAAAGUUUUUGUGUAUUUAAACUUCUAUUAAAAAGUUAUCACAAUUGCAAAUUUAGCGACAAUACUUUUAUACCACAUAGGAUUGCAAAUGCUGGAAAUGGAGACUAUAUCAUUUAAUCCAGGGUGAUUGCUAACAUUUUAUUUUAAUUGCCACCAAAGCUGUCUGCAUUCCUAGAGCACACCCCCCCCGACCCCCUUGUGGGCGUUUCUUGAUCCUGCCCAAAAACAUGGUGUAAGGGUAUUUUUCUUUGUGUUUAUACAAGGCAGUGUUGACCUUGUGCUUGCCAGUAUCAUAAAGAUGUUCAUGUCCUCCUCCUCCUGUGUUUUCUCUGUUUUUCCAGUAUAAAACCCUGGAAAUUGCUAGCAUGCUGCUAAAUACACUGCACCUUUAGAAUUACAAUUAAAAUAUUCCCUCACUUUAAUAUGUUGUUCAUUGACCAUAAUUGAGUCCCCUAGCAGUAAUUGGCAGUACUGAUGACAAUUCCACAUUUAUGUGCGCCACAUUUUAGUACUCAAAAUGUUACCACUGCCAUCCUGACUCUUGGGAUUUUAAAACUCAUUCACCUCCUUGUAAACAAUACAUUCAUUUUGCCCUCCAUCCUUAGUGUUUCCUCACUGUAUAAAAAUAUCAGAUUCUACCUUUCUAAAUUGUUUAAUAGCUCAAUGGUCAUGUGAUGUAUGCACCCUUAUUUAACGCCCUCUGAAAUUGAUAAAAUGUUGUUCCUUUGAUAGCCACUUUAUCAUACAGAGUCCUGAUUUCAGUAUAUUUAGUAAGACAGGAUAUACCCAAUCUGUUAUCUUUCCUCAUUCCACUGGAAACGUAUCAUAUUCUGUAACUGUUCUGGCAAAUCUUACCAGUUGGCCUUUCAUAAUAGCCUGCUUUUAAUAUGGGGGAUGACAGCUGGUGAAAUGCAAGAAGGAAUUAUAAUAUGUAGGCUUCUGGUAGGUGCUGGAAACCUUUUAGCAAUAUCAUCUUUAAUUCUAUCAGUAUCUAGAUAGCAUAUCUUAUUAGUACCAACCUUGUAUGUAAACUCAAUUCAGUAGUAAAGUUAACAUACUCUUAAAAAAAAAAAAAAAAAAAUCACCAAUUUUGUCCACGCUGUGAUUCCAUGUGACGCAGAUUAUUAUCUGGUGUAAAAACAACUGGACUAAACAUAUUUCAUAUUAAACAAGAACUUCUUUUCCCGUUGUGCCAUUAUAAUGUUUGCAAACUAAAGGGCACAUCCAUGGCUACUCCUGUCUUUUGAUG